AUGAAGCUUUUCUCUCACGAGCCCUGGGCAGCCUUUGCUGUGCUCUUCUUCACCACUGUGCUGCGGUAUUCCUGCUCUGCAGCAGCUGAAGCCAUCUCCAAUGUUUCAACCAGCUCCAUGCCCACAGCUGAGCACGAAGCACCAUGUCUUAAUGUGAACUUCUGCACUCAAGCGGCCAUGUGCUGCCCGUCAGGCAUGGAUGACUACGGAUGGAUUGCAGCGGCCGUCGGCUGGAGCCUCUGGUUUCUCACUCUCAUCCUGCUCUGCGUGGACAAGAUCACGAAACUUCGGCCUGAUGAACCCAAGUAUUUGGUGGCUUGA